AUGGCUCAAGGGCAGCUUGCGACGAUGCCUUUGAUGGCUUCGCAUGCCUCCAGUCUGAGUCUUUCAAAGGAUGAACUUCACCAAAUACAGCAGUGCGAGAGGAUCGUGGAAUUUCGCGAUGCCAUUCUCGCUGGCGCUCAUCCAAGAAUCAAGGUGCCAUCCCAGUUAGCGAAACAGACACUUACGUCUGCAAGCCCUUCUACCCCAGCAAAAGAAUCGACUGGAAACACAGCUCAGUCUGUUCAGGCCAGGAACUCGUCUGCGUCCAGCACGCAACACGCUUCCCUCCCUGGUCUGGGAAACCCUCCUCCGACUAACGCGAAUCUGCCCGCAAGACCGUAUGGCUCCGGCAGCACAGAGAUCAAUCCUAUUUUCCUCGAGAAAUCUGAUGACCUGAUCAAAGCUGAGAUCCAGUUGCAACGGCAGCGUCUUGAGCGAGCAUUACGAGACGAGAUCGAUCAACGCCGUGCUUCUAUGAAGGCUUCGGCCCAGUCAGAGCCUCUCGCCGACUUUGAUCUGUCCGAUGUCCUGUCCAAGGCUCUGACACUCGUCCAAGCUACUGCACCUCUGCCUGCCAAUGCCACCCUAGCUGCUAACACCUCAGCUGCAAGUGACUCGUUUGAUGAGAACUCCUACUACUCCUCCCAACACAACUCGCCCGAUUCCUCUCUCCGCAGUUCGCAAGCGGGGAACGACCCAGAGGGAGCUGCACGGGCGGAGAAACAUUCCGCGCCCUCCCAGCCCUUCGACCGUCAGAUGCAAGGUCAAACGAACCAAGAGUCCCCAUCUGGCUUGCCUUCCUCGCUCCCCCAUGCCUCUGCUACUCAUCAGCCACAGGGCCAAGCUUCGACCUCCAUGCCUUCCCACGCACGAACUAUCCCAAGCGCAGCCGAUACGGCGCAUUAUGAACGUUAUCCGUCGGUAGGAACGACGCAGAGAACAGAGGGGGGUGAUAAUACAGGGUCAACAUCAGGAGGUGGGAGCGGAAAUGCCAGUCGAUCUGAAGAGUCGGGCGUUAUGGACCUUGACGACGGUGCUGAUAAGUCUGUCCCAGCAGCAGGUCACCAACAGCUGAGAGGCUCUUUACUUGAGCACCAGCCCUCGCCGCUUAUAGAAGUUCGCGCACAGAACAUAUCCCCCAUUGCGCCACAGCCCGCCCAUGUGUCCUCUCUUGUUACGGCACGGGGCCCGGCAGUAGACACGCCAGGCAUGAGUAUUCUUCAAGGGACCACUGCACAGGUUGCAGCACUGCGUAAUGAGCCAAACCCUGUUUCCAGCCCAGAUAGCUCACCACAGGGGGGACGAAAUGUCGAGAGGCGGAAGGGCAAAAAGAAAAAACACAAUCUGAGCAAUAAGAAGCCAGCCCGGCAAGCGCCAGAGACUGAGCCUUACAUCAAGCCAGAGCCACGGUCGGCCUCUCCCAUGAGUGCGCCGUCAUUCGUUCGUCCACAGAAGCGACAGAGGAGACAGGUGGGAGAGGAGCCUCGCUAUGCCCAGCCAGAACGGCAAUUUUCUCGGUCCUAUAGGGAGGACGGCGCAGCCCCAGCGUAUGAGACCCAAGAGUAUCGCCCACGCCCGGUGAGCCAAGCUAUGGUUACUGGCGAAUAUGGUUAUGGAAGAGAGUAUGUGGAGGAACCCCGCAUCCCCAGCGGCGCUGAAUAUGUUCAGCGAGUGCAGUCACCUGGUGUAUAUGCAGUUCAUACCGCGCCGAGUGAGGUUUACGCAGAUUCUCCAGCUAGUGUCGAUCGCUACGGUAGAGAACCCACACGAUACUAUCGCGAUGCAUACGAAGUCACGCGGAUGAGCGUUCGUCCCCAGGCAGAGCGGGGAAGAUCCCGUUCGCCCGUCAUGAGAGAAAGAGGGUCACCUCUCAUGGGGCCACCCAAGGCACCCUCCGGUAGAGUUGUGGUGGAUCCCGCCAGUGGCCGCAGGUACUAUGAGCCGGCAAGCGUCCUCCGUCAGCCUACAGGGCCGCCACCCCGACCUGGUGAGCCUGAUAUCAUAUACGAGAGAGCGCCGAUCCGAGCCGAGUCCAGACGACCUGGAUUGGACCCCCUUGACGACGAUGUCCUUUACCAACGAACAUCGCCCAUGUAUGCGGCACCACGGAGAGUGAUUACUCAGCCAGAGUAUGCUGUUGCAGAUCCUCAUCGUGUAUACCGACAGCGGGAAUACUCAACAAGACCAAUGGCACCGCCAGGAGAAGAGUAUGCCCAGGUUAGAAACGGCACGGAACGACGGAUUAUGGAGGAAGUGGCAAGGGAGUUCAUGAUGCGAGCGGCGACGGCUCGACCGGCAGAAACAGUACGAUAUGAGCUUCCCCGGGAGUAUGGAAGAGUACAGAGUGUCAGACCAGAGCAACUUCCCCUUCAGGAUUUUGCCGCUGCGCCUAUGCACCCCGAGGCCCGACGAGAGGUGAUCCAGCCUGGCCCGCGUUCAUAUAGCGUGCGGCCAGUAGCCGAGCCUCAUGUGCGGAGAGAAUAUAGUGUUAGACCUGUGGAGCAACAGUACUACAGCCAGCCGGUCCCACCGCGAGGUGAGGCGGAGGUCUCAUAUAUUGAGAGGCCGAGGGUGGCCGCUCCGGAAGUCUACUAUGCCGACGAGGGCCCGCGUCCGGUCUACCGAUGA